AUGGACGACAUGGAAGAUGACGCUAGGUACCCAUCUAAGGGAUACCCAUUGAGACGCAAAAACCCUAAUCUUCGUCAAAAACACCCAAUUCGUAACUUACAAUAUCAUCGCUAUGAUGAUCCCGAAGAUAACAACAUCGACGAUGAUUACGAAGAUGAAGAACCCGAAGAAUUCGGCGAUUACAGCAUAGGUGAAGGCGGAAUUGAAAAUGGGUACGUUGGCAAUUUUGAAGGAAACGAAGGGUUCAUUAGGAAGAAGAGAAAAUUACGAAGCGGUGGUAGUGGCAGUGGUGGUGGCGGUGGUGGUUCUUCUGUUUCAAACUAUGAAUUGGUUCCACGUGGCAAAUUCUCGUAUGUUAAUCGCAGUGGUGGUGGUUCUUCUUCUGGUUCUGAGGAAUGGACAGAACAUGCGACUUUUGUGUUGGUGGAGAUUUGGGGGGAAAAGUUUCUUCAAAUUGGGAGAAACAGUUUGAGAUCGGAGGAAUGGCACGAGGUUUCUGAGAAAGUUUCGGAAGAGUUAAAAGUCGAAAGGGAUGUUGCACAGUGUAGGGGUGUUUUGGAUAAGGUGAAAAGAAGGUACAAGAAAGAGAAAAGUAGAAUGGAUGAAAUGGGUUUGGGUGUGAAUUCUUGCAAGUGGCCAUUUUUCAAGAGGAUGGAUAUGUUGAUGUCUUCGUCUGCAAGACAAGAGUAUGGACUUGCCUGCGGGGUUGAUUCGGGCGAGUAUGUGUUUAUGAAUACAAGGGUUUAUUUGAAUAGGUCUAAUGGUUUUGAUGAAAUGAUGGAUAGUCCUGGCGAGUCCGAGACUUCGGAGGAUGAUCAUGAAGACGAUGAUUUUGAUGGGGAUGAUGAUGAGGAGGAAGAUGAGGUGGAUAAGGAAGAGGAGGAGGCUUCAUAUAGGGUGUUGGCUGAUUCUAUUCAGAAGUUUGGGAAGAUAUACGAGAAGAUUGAGAAUACAAAGAGGCAACAAAUGAUGGAGUUGGAGAAGAUGAGGGUGGAUUUCAAUAAGGAAUUGGAGUUGCAGAAGAAGCAGAUUUUGGAAAGGGCUCAGGAUGAAAUAUCGAAAAUACAGGUAGGAGAUGAUGGUGAUGAGGAGGAAGAAGACACCGAUACUUCUGGGGAUAAUCUCAGUGAAUAA